AUGCACUGGCAAAAACCUUCUGCCCCAGAGCAGCCCCAGCCUCGCCCCUACCAAGGUGUCCGAGUGAAGGAGCCCGUGAAGGAGCUGCUGAAGAGGAAAAGGGGGAAUAUCCAGAAUUCCAGUGCAACUGCAGCUACAACGGUUGUUCUGCCCCAUCAGCCAGUCCCUUCCUACUCACCCAUGGGCCAGCCUUGCAUUGACAUGGACGCUGCUGCCCCUGCUCUGCCCGGCCCAGAGGAAGGAGCUCUGGCCUCUGGAUGGAUCCCCCAGCCCCCUGGCACCCCCCUGCAGCCCCUGGCUCAGUGGAGCCCCUACCCUGACUACGUGUCCCACGAGGCUGGCAGCUGUCCCUACACAGCAGAUAUGUACGUCCAGCCCGUGUGUCCCAGCUACACCCUGGUGGGACCCUCCUCAGUCCUCACUUACACUUCCCAGCCUCUCAUCACCAAUUUUGCACCCCGCAGCAGCACGCCGGCCGUGGUGCCACCGCUGGAGGUGACGGAGCAGCAGCCGCCCCUGACCUACUUCCCGUGGGCACAGCCCCUGUCUGCCCUGCCAGCCUCCACCCUGCAGUACCCUGCAGCCUCCUCCUCCUUCCCCGGGCCCCAGCUGGUGCCCGUGCCCAUCUCCAUGCCCGAGCCAGCCCCGCAGGAGCUGGAGGAUGCCCGGCGAGCCAUCGGCGCCCUGCCCAUCGAGAGGCUGCUGCUGGAAGAUGAAGACAAUGAUACGUACGUGUUGAGCCACGCUCUCUCUGUCGAAGGGCUUUAG